CGCGGCUCUAACGUACGCAAGGUACGUUUAUAACUAUCACUACUUACCGAAAAUCGACGAAAUUAUCGAGAAAAAUUUCAAAGAUCCUGCGAUGCCUCGGCUGUCAGCUCUGAGAGCCAACACGUCACUGAUAAUCGUUCAAAGCCACGUGAGCUUCAGUUAUCCCCGACCUCACUUACCCAAUGUGAUUGAGACCGGCGGAAUGCACAUCCAGCAACCAAAGGCACUACCACAGGACUUAAAGAAUGUAAUGGACAACGCAAGAGACGGAGUAAUAUUCUUCAGCAUGGGAUCUUUAAUAAAGAGUGCAGAUUUUCCACAGGAGUGGGUUCAAACCUUCCUCACAGUCUUUUCUAAACUGAAGCAACAGGUUCUGUGGAAAUGGGAGAACGACACCAUGUCUGGGAAACCAGCAAAUGUGCAUCUGAGAAAAUGGUUUCCGCAGUCUGACUUGCUAGGUCACAAAAACGUGCAGCUUUUCAUCUCCCAUGGGGGACUGCAGAGCUCCUUGGAGGCGACCGCUCGAGGUGUUCCGGUGAUUGGUAUGCCAGUUGCUGCCGAGCAGCGCUAUAACGUCCAGAGGAUCGCCAGCUAUGGAUACGGCAUCAGACUAGAUCUGCAGAACAUCAGUGUUCAGUCGGUGGAGUGGGCUGUUAAUGAAGUUUUAAACAACCCAACGUACCGCGAGAACGCUAAGCUGCGGUCCCGCCUGUUCUGGGACCGUCCAGAGAGCCCUGUGGAGACGGCCGUGUACUGGACAGAGUACGUGCUGAGGCACCGGGGCGCCCCCCACCUGCGCAGCGCCGCCCUCCACCUCAGCUGGUACCAGUACCUCCUGCUGGACGUCGCUGCCCUGCUGCUGUCUGGAGCGCUCCUGGUGCUUAUAGUCACUGUCGUGGCAGUCAGGACACUCUACAGGCUAAUCACAGCAAGAACUUCAGCGUCACACGAACAGAAGAAAAAGAAAACAACGAAGAAGGAAUGAAGAAGUCUGCAGCUAAUGGUGUCACGCCUCUAUGUACUCUCGGAACCCAACGUAAAUAGGGCCAGCACCUGGCGACACACUGCGUCCGCCAUGUUUUGGAGGCUACUCACAACACUGGCCGUUUAGUCUCCAUGCGUUUUCAGAGCAAACUUGUUUCUGUCCUCUUUGACAUGUCUCUUAAU